GCCGCCCCCACCCCGUCAGCAGAGACAGCCAGCCAGCCGCCGUGCCCCGCUGUCCGCGGAGAGCCGCGGCCGCCCCCGCGGGGAGGGACGCCGCCGAGCCCCGCCGCCGGGGCGUGCCAGCGGGCGUCCGCCGUCGCCGAGCACCCAGCUGCCUGCGCCCAGCCGCACCGCAGCGCCAACAUGCCCGCCGUCGAUAAACUCCUCCUGGAAGAGGCUUUGCAGGACAGCCCGCAGACUCGGUCUUUGCUCAGUGUAUUUGAAGAAGAUGCAGGAACCCUUACUGAAUAUACAAACCAGUUGCUUCAGGCAAUGCAACGAGUCUACGGUGCUCAGAAUGAAAUGUGUCUUGCCACGCAACAGCUUUCGAAGCAGCUCCUUGCAUAUGAAAAGCAGCAUUUUGCCUUAGGUAAAGGAGAUGAAGAAGUGAUAUCCACCCUUCAUUACUUUUCAAAAGUUGUGGAUGAGCUCAAUAUUCUUCAUUCUGAACUGGCAAAACAGCUCGCAGAUACGAUGGUUCUCCCAAUAAUACAAUUUCGGGAAAAGGAUCUCACAGAAGUAAGCACAUUGAAGGAUCUUUUUGGCCUUGCUAGCAAUGAACAUGACGUGUCCAUGGCAAAGUAUAGCAGGUUACCGAAAAGGAAAGAAAAUGAAAAGCUGAAGGCAGAAGUGGCAAAAGAAGUGGCAAAUGCAAGAAGAAAGCAGCACCUUUCAUCUCUGCAAUAUUACUGUGCCCUGAAUGCUCUGCAGUACAGGAAGAGAGUGGCAAUGAUGGAACCUAUGCUAGGAUAUACACGAGGACAGAUCAACUUUUUUAAGAAAGGAGCAGAGAUGUUUUCCAAAAGAAUGGACAGCUUUUUGUCAUCUGUUUCAGACAUGGUUCAAAGCAUACAGGGAGAGUUGGAUGCUGAAGCUGAAAAAAUGAGGGUAUCCCAGCAGGACUUAAUUGCAGUUAAUGAAUCUGUUUACACCCCAGAUUCUGAUGUAACUUCACCUGCUAUCAAUAGAAAUCUCAUCCAGAAGGCUGGCUACCUUAAUCUUAGAAAUAAAACAGGUCUGGUGACUACAACUUGGGAAAGACUGUAUUUCUUCACUCAAGGUGGCAACUUGAUGUGUCAGCCAAGGGGAGCAGUAGCUGGAGGACUGAUUCAGGACCUGGACAACUGCUCUGUUAUGGCUGUAGACUGCGAGGACAGAAGAUACUGCUUUCAGAUCACUACUCCUACAGGCAAAGCGGGUAUAACCCUUCAAGCAGAAAGCAAGAAAGAAUACGAGGAGUGGAUCUGUGCCAUCAACAACAUCUCCAGACAGAUCUAUCUCACUGACAAUCCAGAGGCAGCUGCAAUCAAGUUAAAUCAGACAGCGCUGCAAGCAGUGACUCCCAUUACCAGCUUUGGGAAAAAACACGAAGUUCACCACCCCAGCCAGAAUGUAAAGAAUAUGGAAAAUGAUAAAAUAAUUCCCAACGAAUCAGCUGGCAUACAAGACUCCCCACAACUCAUUGCUCCUGGAACACCAAUUCAAUUUGAUAUCGUACUGCCUGCCACAGAAUUCCUGGACCAGAACAGAGGCGGCAGGCGUGCAAACCCAUUUGGGGAAUCUGAAGACAGCAGAAAAGAUGAGGAAGAUUCACUCUUGCAGCAGAUGUUCAUAGUUCGGUUUUUGGGAUCUAUGGCUGUUCAGUCAGAUGACACAAGUGAAGUGAUUUAUGAAGCUAUGAGACAAGUGUUAGCUGCUCGUGCCAUUCACAACAUAUUUCGUAUGACUGAAUCCCAUCUCAUGGUCACCAGCAAGAACUUGAGGUUAAUAGAUCCUCAAACCCAAGUUACGCGAACAAGUUUUGAACUUGCUACUGUGACACAGUUUGCUGCUCAUCAGGAUAACAGGCGACUGAUUGGCUUUGUGGUCCAUCUCAGCGAGACUCUGGGAGAAGAAUCCAUGAGUGCAUAUAUUUUUGAGAGCAACACAGAAGGAGAAAAGAUUUGUUAUGCCAUUAGCUUGGGAAAAGAAAUCAUUGAGGCACAGAAGGACCCAGAAGCAUUAGCUCAGCUGAUGAAGUCUGUCCCAUUAACAAAUGAUGGAAAGUUCAUGCUUCUGAAUGAUCAGUCAGCAGAGGAUGGAACCACACAUGAAGAAGGGGAGGAAUCAGAAGCAUAAAAAAAAACCUCUUCUGGUUUCCUGCAGCUUGUGCAGGAGCAGGAAAAGCAGGGAGUCGUUCUGCAAAACUUUGGUUUUCAGUAAUCUACGCACAGAGGCCACCUUCUGUCUUCCUGCUCCAGCCAGCAUGGCAGCGCUUUGUAGCGGUGUUGCCUCCGGUUUUACAGCAGAACAACAGCUGGACUUGGCCUUUGAGGCUUUUUGCAUUUGUGACUGUAGUGUCUGCUGGGUGGGCCUGGGCAGCAGCUGACAAUCUCUGGGAAUGUUUCAGCCUUGGCCCCUCGCUGCCAGCAGUUUGGAGAGCGCAGCUGUCAACCACCAAGGGUUAAUGUCAUGUCUUCCACUUGACAUGGCCAGCAACCUGCAAGUCCACUGAAAUUAGUGCAAGCUGUCAGCUCCUUUAACAAAUACCAGGCCUGAAGUUUCCUACCAUAGUCCAUUUUCAUAGUUUGCAUGAUUAUGUGCAUCUAAAUGAAGGUUAAAAAUGCACUAUUUACUUUAUUUUCAGAUGAAGUUAUUUUUAGUCUAGUUUAAGUAUAACAAGAUUUAUCUUUUGUGCUAGCCUAUUUACAAAACAAUUUGUUAAACACUAAAUUUUUCCUAUUAAUAUAAUCUAUUUUUAUAUUGCAUCUAGGAUAAGCUUACAAAACAAAUCUAAGUGCCUACUCUUACCUUUGUGGGGACCACACUCACCCAUUCUGUAAUUAAAUACUUGACAUAAUGCACCUCCUUGAUUUAUUAUUCUAAAUACCACUGACAUGCAAACAUCAGAAGUAGUCAACGAAUGUGGCAUGUUAGUUAUGUGCAGUUUUUCUAAGGUUAGGUUUCUUAAAAGUUAAGUUGCCAGAGAUGGUAAUUGUAGGACAAAUAAGUACUCUUAUAAUAAGAAUUCUUUGUAUUUUUAACGUGAUGGUGACAUACACCAGCUAGGUCUACCAGCAAUCUUUGGUUUUAAGAAACUGAGCAAUAAAAUGCUAGAUUAUAUGGUUAUAGUGUAUUGAUUAGUCUCAUAGUACCUUCCUGAAAUUAGAUACUGUGUGUAUUUGGCUAAAAAGUUUAGGUUUUUUUCCCCUUCCAGUUUAACCUGAAAACAUGAGAAACCGUACUUUGCAAGAGCAAACAAAAAUAGUUAUUGGGGGGUGGGAGGUAUGUAAUCUGUGGCCUAGUUUGUAUUAAGCAAGAUAAGAUAACUGGAACAAAUAGCUGAAAUUCUUCAAAUUUAAUUUAACUCUUCUCAAGCACUUACUAGGAAGCUAGAUUUUCUGUAUGCAGAAUCUGUGCUACAGCAUCUGAAAGAUCCCGCUUUGCAAGUGUUUGACAUGGAAUAAAUUCAAUUUAGCUGGUUGUUGAAUGUUUAAGAAAACCAUGGAAGGAAACUGUUAGUAACUGAUACAAAAACUUCUUCAUAAAUAAAAGUUCAAGCUGUUUCAUUAAAAAAGAUUAACACUUGCUGAACUGAUGUUACUGAAGACACUAAGAAUGAAGUUCUCAAAAUUACAUUUAUUAACACAGUUUUAUGUACAUAAUGUUCUCUACUCAAACCAAAGAGACCGAGGUAACAAAAUACCCUUUUGUACAAUGAGUUAGGAAACAUUAAGUGUUACAUUUGGUCCUUUGUACCUGAGAAGCUGAAAACAGCUGUUGUCGACAGACAUCAGAUGAAAACUCAAAUUUACUUCUGAUUACAGACUGCAUCAGGACCUCCAGAACCUACCCUUCAGCACCAGCAGUCCAACCCCAGUUGGGUGCUGCUGUAGCCAUCAUGUAUCACCUGUCAACACAAACACCUUCCAACCUUGGGGAUGAAAGCAAGCGAGGCAUCGCUGUGCUCCACUCCCCCCUAACCAUGGUGCUGGGCACAGCACCCCCAGGGCUUCUGGCAUCAAAGGGCACAGCACCGCAUCAGAAACAGGUUGCAAGAGCCCCAGGAGAGCAGCUGCUACCACUUCUCCAUGCAACAGCCUCAUCACAAGAUGAGGUUAUGUCACACAAGGGCAGUGGUGGCACUGGCCUUCUUGGGGAGACUGUUCUGCCCCCCACUCAAAGGAAAAAACCCACUAGAGAUCUGGCUUAUGUCCCUGCAGCAAACUCAUCAUCCUCACUUUAACACCUCUGGGAAUUUUGAGGGAGCUCAUUCUGUUUAGUUUGGGGGAUUUUUUGUUUUAACUCCAUCAUCUCCUUUCCAGACAACCAGUUAAGGUCCAUCUUGUGCCUAUAAUUGGAACAGGAGAGCAAAAGCAAUGCAAAUAGUUGUAGCACCACAGCAAGAAUUUUGCACCCCUUCCAGAUUCUCAUGGGGGAAAAUGAUUUAAUGUGACUCUCACUGACACAGAGGAGGGUGUCACAUCUACAUCCAGCACCCACUCUAUUUCAGAUGAGAAAAGCUUUCUGCAGGUAUCUGCUGCUCAAUGACAAAAAGAAGGAAAUAUAAACUACAAUCCUGUAUUAGCAAGAAUAGCUCUAUCACUGUACACAUUUGUGUGUAUGUAUAUAUUUUUGCAAUAUAUAGUAUACAUUCAGGUCUCCCGGAUUAAACAGGCUUCUAUAAAAAUAGGCUUAUGUCUUUCCUGUAGACUUUCCAUCACCAGAACCACACGAAUUUGUUAACCACCACACAUUAAAAAAAAAACAAACCACAGGUCAAUUUAUGUUCAACUGCAAAGUAUUACCUAUCCGAGAUGGUGUCUUUCCAAAAGAAAAAAAAAAUAGGAGAAGGGAAAAUACAAGUGCAGAUUUUAUUAGAACAUGGGUAAUAUCUUGACUGUACCUAGCUACCCUGCAACUCCAUCCUGGGGGAAACAAACACCAUCUAUAUGCGAUUCUGCAGUUGCUGUGGAAGAAGGAAAUGUAGUGCUUGGCCACCCCAAGCCAAGAACUUAAGUGACUUCAGAGGAGAUGGGAAUACGGAAAUAUGUCCACUGCAAUUGCAACAGUAUGGAAAUUAGCAGCAGCAGCGAGAAUGUUGAUCUCAGCAGCAAUGCUGAGCAUUCAGUGCGGGCACAAUUUGGUCAAAAAAGAAAGUUACACAAGUUAAAAAAAAUACCUGUAUCAAAAUAAAAAAGCAAAAAUAUAAAUCAAGUAAUGCAGCAUUUUUUAGGGCAGUCUCUGCAGUUAUCAUUGAUUAAAAAUAAAAAGUUUAAUGAGCUCAGCUGAUUUAAACAGUCCAUGAAACUUUUGUGUGAUGUUUCCAGAACCAACAAAAGGACUUUCAGAUCAGCCCAGUCUUUCCAGUUGCAACAAAACAUUUGUCCGAGCUUUCUGAAUAUUGAAGUGACUGGCAGGAAAGGGCAAACCAGAAGUAUGUCAGGAAUUGUCUUAACCAGUGACCCAAGGGUGAAUGGAACAAUUUGAACCAUUAAAACAUUACAUUUUUUGUAAUUGGAAGGGAUUAAAGAAGCUGGCAAGUAUGGUCUAAAAAAAAAAAAAAAAUACAGUUAAGAAUGCCAAAAAAUCCCUCCAAAAAGUAAUUCUCAGUUGGA